AUGCCAGCACUUUUAUUUGAUUGGAAUGAUGCAGGUUUUAAUGACACUGUCGUUCCAAAUUGCCGUAAUGGUAUUGCAACACAGACCAAAGCGUCUAUAAUUGCAAAUCUCCUUGCAAACGGUGCAACUGAUUAUGGGAAUCGGAACAUAUUAUUCAUUUUUCCAGAUGGUCACGCAAUUGGGGGUUGGGCCACUAAUGUGGCAACAAACUUACCUUGGGCGGGCGAAACACCAAAAUGGUAUUCCCGAUGUCUGCAACCACCUCUUAAGAAUAAAUAA